ACUGAGAGAAAAGCUCCUAAUAAUACCAUAAGUUACGUCUUAUGAACGAGGUCCCAGCUGUGUCCAUUGAGGCACUCACGAAACUUAUAAUUAAGCUUAUGAAAGUUUUAUCAAAGCUUAUGAGAUCAGAUCGAAUCAGCUCAUGCUUUACAUAAGAUUUUCCAAUGCUGUUCGACCAAUGCCAUGUUGUUGUUUUUUUAUAAGAACUGGCAACAAAGUUCAUAAGAUUUUCCUAUGGAUUUUAUAGUUUGGACAUUUCGCUAUUUACAAAUGGCAGCAGUGUGAAAAUUGCAUAAGACCCAAAUUUAAAAAUGGCGUCAGAAGAGCAAGUCGUGUUAGACGAGACCGUUUUAUUAGAAGAUCUUCAACAGGAAGCGUUGGACGUGUUUAAGCAAGCGAAUUUCGAUUGCAUUGAGCUAAUUACAUUUCAACGAUCACAGUUUGAAGCAAAGCUUGCCUUAUUCCCUGAAUUCGUCGUAAACAACUUGUGGGAAGUUGUUUCCGAGUGGAGGACCCGUAACGAUCUUGACUUCAACUUCACAAUCGAAGACGGAAUCGACUCGGUCCAGAUCAACAGUGAAAGCGAAGCGACGAGCCCAUCCCAGCGCGCCAUUUCACCGAUCGAGACGCCAGCUGGAGGCUCCGGCAAGGACGGCACGGAUCUUGUUGUCCCCGGCCAGAACGGGCUCGCAAAUUCUAACACCGAUCCGGUGGAAUCGAUCCCGAGCCUGAGCGGAAGUUGCGCGACGAUCACUUCCCGGAACGCAAUUCUGCCGACGAGACAACCGAUUGUAUCUAUUCCUAAGAAUUGUUUACUUAAAUACACUCAAACCCCGAUGGUUUGACACCAACUGUUGUCAAACGAACGGGGUCACUUUUUAGUUUGACACCCUUUUUACACGGAGUUCACACAAACUACCAAACGCAUGUUUUGAUAGUGUGCGUGAGCGCCGUGUAAAAAGUGACAGUUCGUCACUUUUUAGUUUGACUUUGACCAACUAACGGGGUACAAACUAAAAAAGUGUCAAACGAAAAAGUGACCAACCACCGGGGGUUGAGUGUACA